CAUUUUACUUUAGGGCAAAACGCUGGGCGGGCCGCGGCUACAGACGGCGGCCAUUUUGGAUAGGGGAGAAGAAGCUCGCGUUUGGCAGCCAUCUUGCUUGGGGGCAACGUAGCCGUUAGGACCGUUGGAGGCGGGCACGGCGUGGGAGGAGACGCGGGGCGAGCGCGGCGGAGCAGCGCUGCUCCCGAGCCGGGUCUCGUUGCCUGGAGCCGCGGCGUCUCAGGCUGCAGUCCCGCUUUCCCUGGAAGCAGAGGCGCGCGGUGGCGGCUCGGAGUAACGGCCGCCCCUCAGGCUCCGCCUCCUGAAGCUUCCGUUGAUUUUAAAAAAGCCGCCUCGUUUUCGCUGCCGGCCGUUGCGCGUCCCGCUCACUCCUGCGCUCCUCUGGCCGAGCCGUCGUGCAGGUACACGUGUGAGCCGACCGGAGCGAGUGUGAGACGUGCUCAGUGCCUGAGCUCCCUCAUCCGAGCUUCCUGCUGCUUAUCUUACUCGGUGACCACCUCUUCUCACAUGUGAUAACAGCCCCCAGGGAUAGGCAGAGCAUGAACGGUUUGCAGUGUUAGAAGCUGCUGUAUGCAGGACCAGCUUACACUGAGCUGUCAUGGCAUCUGACAAAUUUGUCAUUAAGUGUGGGAACUUUGCUGUUUUGGUGGAUGUUCAUAUUUUGCCUGAAGGCUCCAAUAAAGACACCAGCUGGUUUUCAGAUCAGGAGAAGGAGGAGGUCUGCAUGUACCUAGAAGAGGUGGUUGUUUCACGGAUCCAACGCUACUUGGAAGCGCCUAAACAGCGUGGUCAGUGGAAGUCAGUGGAACAUGCAUCAUCAACUCCUCUGUUCAUUACAGCCAACAAUUUUCACAUUACUGCCUACUUUAUGAAGAGAUGGGUUAAUCUCCGUUGUGCUCUAGGGAAACAUUAUCGUGAGCUACGUAUGUUUCCAGACAAAUUUGUUGUUUGUAUCAGUAAACUUGAAUUUAAUCCAAGCGCUUGGACAUGUGAAAAUGGUGCACUGAAAGAAGUUUCCAAUGGGACAUCUGAAUAUUUUUCUGAAUCUGCUGAAAACAGAAAGCUUAAGCUUAGUCUGAACGAGCAGAUAAAGCAAGAUAUCUUGAAGGAAAUUGUGAAAAGGACAAAAAAGGGGAAAAAUAGUGUAAGCAAACCUCAAACCAACAAGGACUCCAAGAAAGUGGAUCUUGGCUCAGUGGGCUUACAGACAGGGAACAGAAAGAAUGACUGUCAGACUUCUCCCAGUCCUCAAUCAGAAGUGAAAUGGAGGAGCACAGGACGGCUACAGAACUGCAUAAAUACAGCUGAGAGCAACUUGGAGUUUCCUGUUUCAGAGCUGGAAAAUAAUGUUAAUCAGAGACAGCCAGAGGAUGCUAGCAGCCAGCAAAAACCUCACUCUGUGGAGUGGUUGAAGUCAAGACUUCUAAGCAAAAAUUCUCCUUGUAGCUAUGAGUCAGCACUGCUAGGCCCAAAACAAAAUCAAAAAAUAACUGAAACACAGGCUCAACAAAAGAGUUGUAGUUCAGAAGAAAAGUUAGACCAUUUCAAAGAAAUAUCCUCUGAAGAGGCUCCCUUAAUUCCUAGCAACACAGAAAGGAGUAAGUGCAGUGAUGAUCAUCUAAGUCUGUUCUUGGAGGAGAAGACCCCACUUAAUUCCAGGUUGUUUUGUAAACAAGACUUAACAAAAAUUGCAUCUGAUGAAAAGUUAGUUACUUCUGGAAAAAAACAAUCCCAGCCUCUUUCUAUGAGGACAAACCAAAACGAGCCUGACACAACCACUGAAGAAUUACCUGUGGUGCCUUCAUCAUCCUAUUUAGAAAUGCAGGCUGUGUCUUCAGAGAAGCUGAUCCAAAAAAGGAAAAAAGAAGGUGAAGAUGGUCUCAGGAAGUUAAAACUACGAAGGCUUAAGAGGCCAUAAAGACCGAAAUAUCACCAUGGUAGUGUGGGUGGACAGCCAGAUUUGUGUUUGGAAAGCAUAUAUAAAAACCUGUUUAUGUGUUGCUCACAGUGCUUUGCAGUAAGGUUGCUAAUGCUUGGCAAUCUUCAGGCUCUGCAGAAAGGUCUUUCCUAGUAACAAGCAAAAGGGAGGCUGCAAGUGAACCUGGGUUUGGAAUAAUAGCCUGAGGUAUGUUUACUGCUCUUUUGUAUGGGCUGGAGACUCUGCUAGUAAGGACUUGAAAGAGAUAUAAAGAGUAUAAGGACAUCUAGUUAAGUUUCACGGAGAUAAAUGUAAGUAAAACAGAGUUGCUUGAUUAUUUAUAUUAAGGUCUCAGCCAUUUUCUAGAUGGCUUAUUUAAGUCCUGACAGUGAAUAAUCUGAUAACAAAUGAUACAAGCAUAUAUUCUAGUCUGCAGUUUUACGUUCCCGUUAUUUCUACCAUGCUUUUUAUCUGGAUGCUUUUGAAUUGUUCUUUCUUUUCCUCUGUGCAGUAGGACUACUAUAAAAGUUUCCAUUUUGCAAAUGCUGUGGAGAAUUUAUGUGAUACCUGAAAUGUGUUGUUAGCAUAUACCUCUGUUAUCUGUCUGCUUUAACCUUUAAGGAGGUUCUUCUCCU